AAGUAGUUUGACAUGUGAGCCCAGGAGUGGAUACACGUGGCGUAAUAUCGAAUGAAAACAAUUACCGAAUGAAACUUUGGGCGGAUUAACAAGGUUUUUAAAGGUUAAUACUUUUUCUUUGUUGGAACGUGUUUUGUAUGGCGUUAAACAGGAGAGUGUGGCGAUUUUACAAGUGUAUCUAAAAUAUGAGAGGCAGAAACACAGUGCUGCUGGCUUUGCUAUUUUUGGCUGGCUUCACAACUGUUUAUAUUCUGCAUUCAGGCCCUGGCGUUUUUCAACGACUUAAUAGACAGUCUGCGACGGGAAAAGAGAUUCCCAGAACUCUGUCAAAAGCAGAUGAGUACAGACUGAGAUACCCUGACCCACACAAUGACACUGUGGUUCUGCCUCCUAAAGAAGUCAUGCAGAAGAUGGAUCAAGGGGCCCUGGGAGACCUAUAUCACAAGUAUAUCAACAGCUUACAGAUUUUCUGCCGUAAAGUCAUUCGUCUUGGGAAACUAGAUGAUGGAGGUUGGGAUUUUUGUGAUGACUACAGAUUUCGUCCAAGGAACAACUGUCUAGUCUAUUCUUAUGGGAUCCAGUUUGACUUUAGUUUUGAUGAUGCCAUUGUAAAAAAAUACAAUUGUGAAGUGCAUUCUUUUGAUCCUAGCAUGAGGGUAGGGGAUCACAAACAUGGUACCAAUGUAUUUUUCCAUGCCACCGGUCUAUCGGGGGACAACAAUCCAUCACGGGGGACUGGCUGGAAGAUGCGGACUCUACAGAAACAAAGAGAAGAACUGGGACACUCUAAGAGGCCCUUGGAUGUUCUCAAAGUUGACGUUGAAGAGUGGGAGUGGUCUGCCCUUCCAGAUAUGAUCCGCUCAGGGGCACUGAAUGACGUGCGGCAGUUUGCCAUUGAGCUGCAUAUAACACUGAGGAUCGAACCAGACGGCAGUAAAUAUUUACUGGGAUUAAGCAUUCUCAAAGACCUCUAUGAUAUGGGAUUUAGGAUUUUCUGGACUCAUAGAAACUUGUGGUGUAAAUUUUUUCCUCAGAAUGGAGCACCACAAAGAACUGGCUGCCAUGAGGUCUCAUUUGUUAAUAUAAACAACGUGUGAUUUCAGCAUUUUACAAACUCACUGGUUGACCAAAAGAGAUUUCCUAUAGAUUGAAAAGAAAGCUUGAUCUGUAUUCAGAUGGUUCAUAGGGAAGUACAUGCUUAUAAAAAUGGCCUGAUUAUCUGGAAUCAUUAAGGGUUAAUAGAAUGAUUGAUUUCCAAACUGUGUCAAAUUUUUAUCAUGUAUCUGUUUUUGUUAAAACCACUGUAAACAAAAAAAAGUUGAAUCAAAUUUUGAUGCAGAUAUCAAUAAUCAGUUAAACAUGUACAUGUAUUUAAGAAUCUUAAAGUAUGGAAGAUAAUUUUAUAUAAAUUGUGCCUGGUACAUGUAAACUUUGAAAGAUAUUUAGUAUAGUGAUAGUUUUGCAAUGCUUGUGCCAACAUUUUUUAUGGUUUAGGCUUAAUCUGGUUGAUAGUACAUGUAUAAAGAACCUUUUUUUUAUUUUGUCAUUUAUAUACUUGUACAGAGUGUUGACAGCAUUUUUAUAUCUUUUAUAAACCUCCUCCCCCCCCCCCCCCCCCCAAUAAUUUGUUUUAUAGUAAUCACUCUGUCUAUCCUGUUUUUUAUUUUUAGCUCUACUGGUCAAAGAAGCCAGUAGGAAUGGUAGGGUUUCCACCAUCUGUCUAUCUUUCUGUCUUUCUCUUGUCUGUAAAGAAUUUAUCAAAAUGCUACUCCUCCUAGUAUAGUUUUUGGCACAAUUUCAAUAAAAUUUGGUACCCAAGAAGAUUACACUAGUAUACAUAAUUCUAUAUAUCAGUAUUUGAUUCUGAAAAACGGUGUUGCCAUGGUAAUUAAGUAGAAAGAAUGCAUUUAUACAUUUUCUUCUCCAUAACUGCAAGGCCACAUAAGUCAAAUUGAUACUGUAGUACAUGUAUCCCCAUGUUCUGUGGAUUCAGUGACCCCUUAGGGUUAGGAUGGGGCAGAAUUAGGGUGGGGCCAUAGUAUGGGGUCACCAUUUUUCAUGGGAAUAUAUAAAUCUUUCCAAAAUCUUCAGAACAGAAGGGCUAAAGUUACUCAGGUGAGUGUUGUGGCCCAUGGGCCCAGUUAUUUAAUUAUUGUAUUUUUACAUAUUUUUUGUUGUUAUCAAGUUAUUACAUCCACAACUCCAUUCUUAUAAUAUCAAGUAGCUGCAUGGUCCCUUGCUGACUGGUCAGUGUUCUAGUUUAUAGACAUAUUCAUCAGAACAUUUUUUUGAAAAUUUUACCAAGUUAUUGCUAAGUCCAAUAGAGAUUUCAUCUGAAGAACUAAAUUACAUCUAUAUUUUACAUUGUAGAUAUGCAGCUAUUGAAAUUUGUAUAAAAAAAAGAAUAUGAUAUUGUUUGAGAAAUUAACUGAAUUGUGAGAUGUAGGGAUACAGGUUUGUAAAUGCAGCUAUGUGUAGUUUAUGAUACAGCUUAUAAUGAAAUCUCCAUCUCAGGAAGUAAUAGGGAAAUUUACAGUGACACCCACCCCAUCCAUGACCAAAGAAAAUUAUAUAUAAAUUCCCAUUGAAAAACUUUUCUUUUAGUCACCCUCACAGGUGCAUGAAAGAUAUACUUGUUACACAGUUACCUCUCUGAUGUAUGUAUAUACUUCAAUGUGUUCAUUGAAAUUUCACCCAACCAAUUCAGCAUUUUACUUUGACUUGAUGGCAUAUUUUAUAAUCUCCAUCUUUCCUUUUUUCAAUUUUUUAGUGCCCUAGGGACUUACCCAGUAUUUGGGGG